CAAGCAAACUUUUGCUUAGUAUAUGAAAAUAGACUGUCGCAAACCGAUAUUAUAGGUACAGAGGGAAGGGAGUUGCGAUAAGAAAUCAGGCUUCGAGUACAAAUGAUCCUUAUCUUGAUUCCUCGAAAUAGCAACGACAGCCAAAGCAUACGCAUCGAACCAACCAUUUCAUCAUUUGACUUUUGCUUCUCUUUGUGUUUAGUGCGUGCAUCUCUAACGUGGUGAAAUUUUUUCUAUUCUUUCAAAGUUUAAUUUCGUUCUUAUUAUUUCUAUAAUCGGUAAGAUUUACGCAGUGCUGUAUUUUCUUGGUUCGUUUACUCUAUUUUUUCAUAUUUGUUCGAUUAUUUAAACUAGUUUGAAAAAUUCCAGCCAUUUGUUCGCCAUCUCGUGUGUUCAACGCGAAAAAUACGUCGCAAUACCUGGAGAAUAAUUUAUUCUAUUGAAUUAUUUUCGUUGAUUGGUGAACCGAAUUGUUCAAGAAUUUAUUCACGAUAUGAUCCAGCUUCGUUUUGUUACUGGUACGAUACAUUAAUUCUAUUUCAAUCAAAAUUCCAGACGAACGAUUAAUUCUAUUCAUUCUAUUUUGUUCAUUUAGCAUCGAACCUAUUUGCUGUGAUUAAUUGUUUCAAUUGACGAAGAUAUUAAUUUGUUCGACGAUUAUUGAACCGAAAUCUGCGGAAAGUUUAUUCGUUCUGCUAUAUCAUUGGUUGUUUUGCUGAGAUUUGUUCGUUUGUUCGCUACGAUUUUCGUGAAAAAGGCCAAUGGAAAGGUAUCGUGUUCCGGUAUGCCAGUACUGCGGGGAGGAGUUCGUGGCAGGACAAGAAACUGUACGAAAUGAAACCUGUCCACAUACUUAUCAUCGCGAAUGCGUUAAAAGCUUAACUGAGCAGCGUACGCCCGCCGGUAAUUACCGCUAUCUCCCCGCAAAAUGUCAACAUCGAAGUUGCGGCGCGGUUUUGAUUCGACAACACUAUCACAGUGUUAUUUUCCGAUACGAGACGCCUGACAAUAUUUGCACCAACUCUGGACACCGGCAAAGAAUCGCAAAUCUCAGCGACACGAUUGAUUUCCAGCGUGAGCGCAUCAAUGCAUUAAAUGAUUCGCUUCGUGAUGCGGUAGCGCAGAAUGAAAUUAUGACCGGAAGAAUCGCAGAUUUAGAACGUGAAAUUACUCGACUUAGGCGACCAGCGCAGGAUUACCAAGAUUUCGAAGAUGAUCUCAACCAUCGAGAUAAUGAUGACGACGACGACAUCGGUGAUGCACAGCAGCAAAUGGUAAAUCACGAUAAUCGAGCUGCUGGAAAUGAAAAUCAGGAUGAUCAAGCUCCAGAGAAUUACGCAAAUAACGAUAACGCAACCACCGAUUGCCAAGACGUCGAUGAGCGCAACGACCUUAAUGAACCAAUCGAUCGAGCAUUUGCGGAAGGAUUUGUUCAACCGAACGAAGAACGUGAGAUGCAACGCCGUAUGGACCAAGAGCGAGAUGCUCAAGAUGGUGUAAUUCCAGAGUCGGUUCCAACUGCGGUCAAUGCUCCAGCUCCAUCCGCUCCUAAUCUCGACGAUAUAAACCUCGAGGAGCCUCACCCAUCGAAUUCUGGACCAGUUUUAGUAGCGCCAGAACUGGGAGAAGUAGGAAACGUUGCCGGACCGUCGCGAUUUCGUGAGCCUUUCCGGCCUAGUACACGUAACGUUUUCUCUUCAUUUUACAACUCCAAUAACGUCUUGGUAAAUCACGUUAUGCGGAAUGCAACCGAACAGCGCAAUGACCAUCAACCUCGUGGCCAACCGCUGUUAGAUGAUGAAGACGCCCCGUACGAAGACUUUAGAACGAGGCGCGAAAUACGCGUCUACGAUGGUGGCGUCCAGAGCGCUGUAUUUCCUCAUCGACGUGGAAAUAUUAUGGCUAUUUUGAACCAGUCUGGCUAUACUUUCAACCCGCAGAUUCAGCGCGAGCUUCGUCACGAGUAUACUCUGCAUAGCCAGCAGAUGUAUUCUUCAGUUUAUACGAGCUGGUCACCGGACGACCGCCGUCCAACCACCCAUAUUUUCCUGAACGGAUGGUGGGUGAUUGGCGACGGUCUUGCUCACGGUGUUGCGAGAGAACCGCUGAGACGAGAUCCAACGUUAAAGAGUCGCUGGGAUCGUAGCCGCUUCGCGGGAAGUUUUCUUUCGGCCAAACGUCUGCGACACAACAUUCAACAACACGCCCGCAACAUCCCACGGUUCUGCGUAGUGGCCAUGGGAGGACACGACCUAACGCUUGAGUCCGAGCACACGGCCAGAAUAAACACGUCAGCGUUGAUUCAAUUUUUGUUAGACCAACGCGUGGAGCGAAUUCUUAUCCUCCCGAUAAUCAUCGCUGAUCGACGACCAGAUGCGGAAAUAAGAAGAUCGUACCGCGAUUGGCAGCGAGGAAUUCUACCUCAAUUAGAUCGGUCUCGGGUCACCUAUUUACAAUUUUUGGAAGAAACAGUAGAUCGCGUCCAGCCUUACCAUGCUGACCUCGCAGGCAUCAUAUAUGCGCAUCCGUUCGUGCACUUUGAUAUUAUUUACCGUUUGGCUCAUAUGUUGCGUUAUUUCGAUUAAUUCUAUACCCGUCAUUUGCGUAAAUCUUUCGUUUUCUGUUUUUUCGUUGUUUGAAUUUGUGAAUUUUGUUAUUUUUUCUAUUUUUUCUAUUUCUAAGUUUGAAAUGAAGACAUGGCGAUUCGGCUGAGUAUUCGAUGUUACCUCCUUGUCAAAGCCUGUUAUUUUCGAUAUCAUCUUUAUUCUUUUUUACAUGUCUUCGUGUAUU